AUGGUGGUCCCAACGAAAUUCCUGGUUCUCUCCGACACUCACAACUUCGAAUACGAUGCCGCGGAGAAAUAUCCACUGUGCCAAGAGAUGCCAAAGGUAGAUGUUGUGCUCCACUGCGGCGACCUCACACAAGUGGGCGGAACCUCUGCCUACAAGAAGGCGCUCAAAAUGCUCGGCAAACUCGACGCGGAGCUCAAACUAGUGAUCGCAGGUAAUCAUGACAUCAGCCUCGAUGGCGAGUACUGGCGUACGCACCUUGAAGAUGACGAUGAGCCGGAAGAGCACGACGAAGCCGUGGGAAUCAUGACCGGAACGCUGGCUCAGGCCGCUAACGUCACCUACCUUGUAGAAGGUCUUUACGUGUUUACACUCCAAAGCGGCGCAAGCUUUAAGAUUUUCGUUUCACCGUAUCAGCCGGAGUGCGGCGAUUGGGCGUUCGGAUACAAGCGUGAUGAGGACCGAUGGAGUAUCCCCUCGAGCGCCGACAUUGUAAUGACGCAUGGACCCCAACAAGGUAUUCUGGACUUCGCACACGACCAGCAUUUGGGAUGUAGGAAGUUGAGAGAGGUCAUCGAAGUGACGAGACCGMUCAUGCAUUGCUUUGGCCAUAUCCAUGAAGGCUAUGGAGCGGAAGUGAAAAAAUGGGACGAUGAGGUCAGAAAGGAAGGCGAUGGCAUGUGCCAGGUCGCAUUCAGUCAAGCAGGUACUGAUUUGGAAUGCCAGCAGGCGUCUAUCGUCAAGGGCAAGAGCACUCUCAUGGUCAAUGCCGCCAUCAUGAAUGAAUCCAACAAGCCGGAGAAUGCGCCAUGGCUCGUGGAGCUCCCACUAAACGACAUGCGAUAG